AUUAGCUGGGAGGGGAAGCCGUGGUCCCAACCAUUCUCCUGUCUCCCAGGCUCCUCGAGGAGGAGGGAGGGACCGUACAAGAGAGCAGGGGCGGGAAUCCCAUCAGUGAGCAGCCAGGCUGGGGGUCUGAGCUGCCGUCGCCUCAUCUCUGCCCCAGGUCGCAGCCAUGGGACCCCCUUCCAGCUCUGGCUUCUACGUGAGCCGCGCGGGAGCCCUGCUCCUGGCGGGGCUGGCUGCUGCGCUCCUGCUGGCACUGGCGGUGCUCGCUGCACUGUACGGCCACUGCGCGCGCGUCCUGCCGUCGGAGCUUCACCACAGCGGGGUUCCAGACACUGAGCCCUCCCAGCCUGGCGGGCCGGAGGAGCCGCCGCCAACACCUAAGCCCGGCCCAACUCAGGAGCCUGAGGUGGCCGCCACCCCGCGCAAGUGGCGACCCCCGGGGCCCUGGGACCAGCUGCGCCUGCCGCCCUGGCUCGUGCCGCUGCACUAUGAGCUGGAGCUAUGGCCCCUGCUGCGGCCAGACGAGUUCUCCGUGCCGGCGUUGCGCUUCACUGGCCGGGUGAACAUCACCGUACGCUGCAUGGCAGCCACAGCGAGGCUGCUGCUGCAUAGCCUCUUCCUGGACUGUGAAAGCGCCGAGGUGCGAGGUCCCCUGUCCCCAGACACCAGAGACGCCACCGUGGGCCGCGUGCCGGUGGACGAGGUGUGGUUCGCGCUGGAUAUGCAGUACAUGGUGUUGGAGCUCGGCCAGGCCCUGCAGCCCGGUAGCCGCUAUGAGCUGCAACUCAGCUUCUCCGGCCCGGUGUACCAGGACACCAGGGAGGGACUCUUCCUCAACCUCUACACGGAUCAGGGUAAGCGCAGGGCCCUCUUAGCAUCUCAGUUGGAACCAACAUUUGCCAGAAAUGUUUUCCCUUGUUUUGAUGAGCCCGCUCUGAAGGCAACUUUUAAUAUUACAAUUAUUCAUCAUCCAAGUUAUGUGGCACUUUCCAACAUGCCAAAGCUGGGCCAGUCUGAGAAGGAAGAUGUGAAUGGAAGCAAGUGGACUGUUACCACUUUUUAUACCACGCCCCACAUGCCCACUUACUUAGCCGCCUUUGCUGUCUGUGACUAUGAGUAUGUCAGCAGGAUCGAAAGGGGCAAGGAGAUACGCAUCUGGGCCCGGAAAGAUGCCAUCGCAGGUGGAAAUGCAGACUUUGCUUUGAACAUCACAGGUCCCAUCUUUUCUUUUCUGGAAGAUUUAUUUAAUAUCAGUUACCCUCUUCCCAAAACAGAUAUAAUCGCCUUGCCUACUUUUGACAACCGUGCAAUGGAAAACUGGGGACUAUUGAUGUUUGAUGAGUCAUUGUUGUUGCUGCAACCAAAUGAUAAACUAACAGAAAAAAAGACUGUGAUCUCCUACAUUGUCUGCCACGAGAUUGGACAUCAGUGGUUUGGAAACUUGGUUACCAUGAAUUGGUGGAACAAUAUCUGGCUCAAUGAAGGUUUUGCAUCCUAUUUUGAGGUUGGAGUAAUUAACUACUUCAAUCCUAAACUCCCACGGGAUGAGAUCUUUUUUUCGAAUAUUUUACACGGUGUCCUCAGAGAAGAUCAUGCCCUGGUGUCUCGAGCUGUAUCCAGGAAGGUGGAAAAUUUCACAGAAACCAAUGAAAUAAAUGAGCUCUUUGACCAGUUUACUUACAACAAGGGAGCGUCUAUGGCCCGGAUGCUUUCUAGUUUCUUGAAUGAGAAGAUAUUUAUCAGCGCACUUAAGUCCUAUUUGGAGACAUUUUCUUACUCAAAUGCUGAGCAAGAUGAUCUUUGGAGGCAUUUUCAAAUGGCUGUAGAUGAACAGAGCAAAAUUCUUUUGCCAGCAACAGUAAAAAGCAUCAUGGACAGCUGGACACACCAGAGUGGUUUUCCAAUUAUCACCUUAAAUGCAUCUACUGGCAUCAUGAAACAGGAGCCAUUUUAUCUUGGAAGGGUUAAAAAUCAGAGUCUUCUAACUCACAAUGACACAUGGAUUGUACCUAUUCUUUGGAUGAAAAAUGGGACCACACAGUCUUUAGUCUGGCUUGAUAAUAGCAGCAAAGUAUUCCCUGAAAUGCAAGUUUCAGAUUCUGAUCAUGACUGGGUGAUUUUAAAUUUGAAUAUGACUGGAUAUUAUAGAGUUAACUAUGAUAAAUUAGGUUGGAAAAGAUUAAAUCAACAGCUUGAAAAAGAUCCUAAGGCUAUUCCUGUUAUUCACAGACUUCAGUUGGUCGACGAUGCCUUUUCCUUGUCUAAAAACAAUUAUAUUGAGAUUGAAACAGCACUUGAUUUAACCAAGUACCUUGCUGAAGAAGAUGAAAUCAUAGUGUGGCAUGCAGUUUUGCUGAACCUGGUGACAAGGGAUCUUAUUUUUGAAGGGAAAAACCAUGAUAUAUACCCAUUGUUAAAGAAGUAUCUGUUAAAGAGACUUAUCCCGAUAUGGAAUACUUAUUCAACUAUAAUUCGUGAAAAUGUGGCAGCAUUGCAAGAUGACUAUUUAGCUCUAAUAUCACUGGAAAAAGUUUUUGGAACUGCGUGUUGGUUGGGUCUUGAGGACUGUCUUCAGCUGUCAAAAGAACUCUUCAGAAACUGGAUGAACCAUCCAGAGAAUGAAAUACCUUAUCCAAUUAAAAAUGUGAUUUUAUGUUAUGGCAUUGCCCUGGGAAAUGAUAAAGAAUGGGAUUUUUUGUUAAAUAUCUACAAUAAUACAACAAAGGAAGAAGAAAGGAUUCAACUUGCUUAUGCCCUGGGCUGCAGUAAAGAGCCAUGGAUACUAAACAGAUAUAUGGAGCAUGCCAUCACUCCUUCUCCACUCACUUUUAAUGAAACAAAUAUAAUUGAAGCUGUGGCAGCAUCUGAAGUUGGCCGAUACAUUGCAAAGGACUUUUUAAUCAACAAUUGGCAAGCUGUGAGUGAAAGGUACGGAACACAAUCAUUGGUUACUCUAGUAUAUGUAAUAGGCAGAACCAUAAGUACAGAUUUACAGAUCACAGAGCUGCAGCAGUUUUGCAGUAACAUGUUGGAGGAGCACCAGCGACUCACAGUUCAUGCCAAAUUGCAGACAAUAAAGAACGAAAAUCUCAAAAACAAAAAGCGAAGUGCCAGGAUAGCUGUGUGGCUACGAAAAAACACAUAAUUUAGUGGCGACUUUCAGCCUUCCUCUUGCAUGUUGUAAUGUAGUCACAGUUUUGUCUUCCCAUGAGUCUGGAAAACCACACGUUUUGUUAUUUGUAUUUCAGUCACAUUUCUUCUCAGCGUUCUGUUCCUCCCGGGUUGUCAUGUUUGGCCCUCAGGCUCAGUGAUUGCUGAGGAUUUUGCCAACAGUGUGUAUUUCUGGGGAAGAUUUUGCUUCAUGUUGGGCUGAAACCACAUAAUUUACUCUAAAUGCCUUGUAAAAGCAAAUUUACCUUAGAACGUCUUGCUUAUUCUGUUGUGAAGGCCAGUGGAAUAUGACAUCAUUGGCUAAAUGAACACUAUUUUCUGAGGGAAAUACAGAUUUGUAAUACUCUAGGGUUUGUUUAGUUCAGUAUUCAAAAGAGUAAUGAGCAGAUGACACAAGAGAGUAGAGAAACAGGAACCAGAGAAAUAAUAUUUACUAGAAGACAGAAAAAGUGAAGAAAUGCAAGUCUGAAAAAGAAGACACAAUUUUAUGAGCCAUGUUAAGUGCUCCAAAGGCAAGAAAUGUGUCUUUUCCUGCUCAUUUCUCUCCCCAGUGCCUACUGCAUCACACCACUUGUCUGGCUACUGAACUUUAUGGUUUCACAAAGAGACCUGGGAUCACAGGAUCCAUGAAGUGCCUUUAGGCUUGCUGUUGUGGAGGCCGGAUGGAAAGCAAGGCUCUGCUUGGAGGCUCUUGACUGUGUAAUUCACCUGUGGAUGGACACUUUUUCAGCCAAAGUUUAGAAGCAGAUACAGUGAUGUCAACAGACCAUAGCAAUUAUGGGCUAAUCUCCAGCACAAAGGGAAAUGGUCAAAUAAAGAGAAAUGGGACUAAAAGAUUAACCAGACAAUAAUCUUUCCAGCUUUGCACUAGGGGAUUCUGUUUGAAAUGUGGCUUCAUUUGGCCAAAUUGAAUCUGCGUGUCGUUUGGUCAACUUUAAACCUUUUCAUCAGUCAGAAUAUAUGGAAGCAGCUUAGUUUUGUCAUACCUGAUGUAAUCAGGACUGCUAAGGCAAAUCAUCUUACUCUAGACUUUGUGUGUAUACCAUUUAAUUUCUUGUUUUAAUUUUGAUUUUGUUUUUUAAUUUUGAAUUUGAAUAGAAUGGGGUAAAAGUACAGAUCUCCUAUCUACCUCAAAGUGAUGUUAUAAAGAUUAAAGAAUAUGUCAAUUAAAAGCCUUUAAAUACGCUA